AUGACGCUGAAAGCUAACAGCUCUGGCAGCUUGACACUGACUGCAAAAGUCUCCUUGGCCCUUUUCAUGUCCCUGCUUGCUUUUGCUAUAAUGUUGGGCAAUGCUGUGGUCAUUUUAGCCUUUGUGGUGGACAAGAACCUUAGACAUCGAAGUAAUUAUUUUUUACUUAAUUUGGCUAUUUCAGACUUCUUCGUGGGUGCGAUCUCCAUCCCUCUGUACAUCCCUCACACAGUGUUUACCUGGAAUUUUGGAAGUGAAAUCUGCACGUUUUGGCUCAUUAUUGACUAUCUUUUGUGUACAGCAUCUGUCUACAAUAUUGUCCUCAUUAGCUACGAUCGAUACCAGUCAGUUUCAAACGCUGUGUCCUAUAGGGCUAAGCACACUGGCAGUGUGAAGAUUGUCGCUCAGAUGGCUGCUGUUUGGAUACUGGCUUUCUUGGUAAAUGGCCCAAUGAUUCUAGUUUCGGAUUCUUGGAAGAACAGUACUGUCACAAACGACUGUGAGCCUGGCUUUGUUACGGAGUGGUACAUACUUGCCAUUACAACAUUCUUGGAAUUCCUGCUCCCUGUCAUUUCAGUGGCCUAUUUCAACGUGCAAAUUUAUUGGAGCCUGUGGAAGCGUGGGAGUCUGAAUAGGUGCCGCAGCCAUGUGGGGUCCAUCCCCAUCUCUUCCAGUGACUCUGGACACUUACCCAGAGCUGGGGGCAUUUCCAGGACACCUCUUCCUGCAUCGAAGGAAUCAGCCACAUCCCUUCAUUCAAAAUGUCCUCGAAGAAAGAGCAGUCUUCUGGUGUCUUUAAGAACUCACACGAAUAGCAAUGCCUGCAAAGUGGGCUCCUUCUCGCAAUCUGAAGCCUCUGCGCUUCACCGAAGGGAGCACACGGAACUUCUCAGGGGCAGGAAGUUAGCCAGGUCUCUGGCCAUCCUUCUGGGUGCUUUUGCCAUCUGCUGGGCUCCAUACUGUCUGUCCACAAUUGUUCUCUCCGUUAAUCCCAGAUGGAAGCAGUCCACAUCAGUUUGGUACACCUUUGCCUUCUGGCUGCAGUGGUGCAAUUCUGUUGUCAAUCCCUUUUUGUACCCCUUAUGUCACAGAAGUUUUCAGAAAGCUUUCUGGAAGUUAUUUUGUGUGAAAAGGCAACACACACCAUCACAGAACCCGUCCAUAUCUUCUUGA